AUCAUUGAUUUAUUCAUUGUGCGCAAAUAAAAUAAAAAGUUUUUUUGUAAUAAAUACAAUGUAGGAAUGCAAUCAAUUCAUACGAUUCUAUAAUGGUGUAAAUGUGAAACUCAGUAAACUUUCAGUCCACCACGCAAUAUCCUCUUCAAAUCAUAACGCGAAGCCCUACUACUCAAAUCCAAAAAUGUCCCCCUGUUCCUCUUCCUUACGUUUCAACCGAUUCCAGAAGGGCCCAAUCUUCAUCAUGCAGUAAAAAUAACAGAAAGCUAUUUUUUAAUAUGGGUGGGCAGGUAAGCCAAGUCUUUCAAUCAGGUAGUGCACUGCUUACUAACGGCCACGGUCACAAAGUAACAGAGUCUACCAGGCAGAAAGUACAGACUAUAUUCGAUGCAUUGAGGGCCAAUCCUAGGAUAGGAGUGCAACGUUUAGAAGGAUUACUCCAACAAAUUCCAAAGAACGAGAAUAUACUAUCUAUACAUGAUGAAGCAGGAUAUAACCUACUGCAAAAAUGCGUAGGGGCCAACAAUGUGGAGCUGGUACGCUGGCUGUUGGCAAGGCACACUGCUGCUGAUGUGAACAGAUUCCCUUGCAGUCUGCCCCUCCACAUUGCUUGCCUCAAAGGCCAUGAUGAGUGUGUGGAGCUGUUGACAAAGCAUGGAGCUAAAUCUGAUGUGGAGGCCAGGAUGUGUUGGCCAGGGCCCCACAGCAGUAAUUGUGAAGAAAGGGGGAAGUAUUCCUCUGCAAAUCAGCAGGAAGAGACCUGCAUAGAGAGAGAUAGCAGGGAGAGAGUGCCUAGCAGCAAAUUGCAGUCUGCUAUUUAUUAUGCAUUAGAUGGGGAUCAGGUGAAUAUUUUGAGCUUGUUGGCUCAGAGAGGGGAGGAUCCUUGGAAUGGAAUUUUUCGUGCUAGAAAGCCACUUUUACAUGCUGCCUGUGAAAGGGGGGCUUGGAAAUGUACAGAAUUUCUUAUAAAGGAACGUUCAGAUGAAAUUCAUGUGCUCAAAGAUGAAUACUAUCCAAUUCAUUAUGCUGUAUUGCAUGAUAGCAAAUUCUUGGAAUUACUUAUUGACCAGGGUGCUGAUACAACAGUAAGAACUUGCACUCAGCAAAUGACCUUGUUGCAUGUGGUUCUUCUGGUAGCACAUAAAUCUGCAGAAGACACUAUAGCUACCAUCAGAUUGUUGCUGGACCAUGGGUGCAAAGAAUUGAUAAAUACCCCUGACAGUUUAGGGAAUACACCCUUACAUGCUUUGAUAGUCAGAUAUGCCCUAGAAGAGGCCCAAUACGGUUACGACAAAUGGAAUAAAUGGGACGUGUUGCAUCUGGUGCGAUAUUUGAUACAAAAUGGGGCCAGGCAGUCCAUCAACCACACCGGAAAUUCGGCGGUCGCUUGUGUUUUGAGGCACGUCAGAGACUGGGAUGUGUGCUAUGAGUUGCUCAAUAUGUUGCUCAAUGAAGGAGGAGACCCAAAUAUGGUUGGAAGAGAUGGGUCAGUACCACUGAUGGUUUGUCUAGUACCUCUGAUCAACAAAGACCCUUUACACCACUUCACCCAUAGUAUGAAGGUCUGCUAUCUGAACUGCAUCCGCAUCCUGUUGAAAAACGGCGCCAACCCGAAUUGCAGCUACCGCGCCAACCUCACUCCCUUGCACGUGCUCGUCUUCACCGUAUCCGAAAACAUCACCCUGAACUGCGUGGUUCAGAAGGAGCUCAACUUCGAGUUCAUCAAGAAUUUGCUGAUCCUGCUGCUGACCCACGGGCUGGACCCGAACGUGCGAGUCAGCAGGCGCACCGAGCAUAUUUUGCAAUCCUGCAUGGACAUGAUACAGAACGUGAGGGACUGCAACGACAUCCACUACGUCUACGACCUCACUCUCACCCUCAUCCAGUACGGCGCCAACCCUGACCUCAGCCUCAACAUGUCCGAGGCCAUGAAGAACCACCCGUUGCAGUCGCAGAGCAUCUGGAAGACCAAGAACUACGUGCUCUACUAUUACAUCAUGCUGAUAUCGCGCAAAGAAAAUUUGAUCACCGAUCCCAAUCUCAGCUUUUCCAAGAUCAUCGUGCUGUUUUACUGCGUGAUGGAGCACCGGCCGCUUUUCGAGUGCUUGAAGAUUCUGCACACUCAACAGUUGAGUUUGGUGCCGGGAAAGAUGACAGAGCCUAUGACGUUCAUCAUCAGGGACUUGUACAAGCGCCCCAGGAGUCUCAAGCAGAUGUGCCGGGUGCGAAUACACAACUGUUUAGGCCGAAGGCCUGGUUUGUACCUCAACAAGUUGAGUCUGCCACAAAUCAAUCAAUCAAUCUAUCAAAAUAUUUUGAAGUUUCCUUUUGAGUCCCAAAAAAUGUGAAUGGUGUAUAAUGUUGGUGAAGGCUGAAAACAAAUAUUGGGCAAACUCGCCAAAUAAUAGGCACAAGAUUCAAGGAGCAUAUUGUUAACCCUAUCACUAUAGAUUCAAGCCUUCUUAAACAUGUAACAAACAAUACUUUUGAAGGCCCUUUUGGAGUAUUGUGUUCAUUAUUUCAUAACCUACUGCAAUUAUUUUUAGAGCCGAGGACGUUCAUCAUCAGGUAAUAAAUCAAUCGAUCAAUCUAUCAAAAUAUUUUGAACUUUCCUUUUGAGUCACAAAAAAUGUGAAUGGUGUAUAAUGUUGGUGAAGGCUGAAAACAAAUAUUGGGCAAACUCGCCAAAUAAUAGGCACAAGAUUCAAGGAGCAUUUUAAUUUUCAUGUGAUAAAUGGUCAAUUACUGGGAUGAAGGUACAUUCAAAGUCUUUCUUUCUUCUUUAGGGACUUGUACAAGCGCCCCAGGAGUCUCAAGCAGAUGUGCCGGGUUCGGAUACACAACUGUUUAGGCCGAAGACCUGGUUUGUACCUCAACAAGUUGAGUCUGCCGACGCAACUCAAGGAUUAUCUGUUGAAUUUUCAGGUGUGAUUGAAUAAUUUUUUAUCGGUGAUUUUGGAGCGUUGUUGGGAUGGAAUAGGUAUAGGUAGAAAUAUGGAUGUGUGAAAGGGGAUUAUUGAACUGUGUGUAUGUGUGUUUUGACAGUAUCAGAAACGCGGCUAGUCAAAUUUUCGAGUAAGCUUAUAGCAAACUUUUUUUUUGAUAUUGAUGAGCGUACUAUUAGGGUAAGGGGUAUAAUCGUAUAUCUAUAUUCAUGGUCUUGAAAUGCUGUGAUUUGAUAAUUAAUAAUGGUUUAUUCAAUAUUCUACAAAUUCUGUUCAAUUGCAAGUUUUUGAAAAAAAUUGAUAUAAGUAUCUCUAUUUUUCCUGCCAAAUAUUUGUUGUCAUUAAUAGUGAAAUCAUUGGAAUAACAAUUGGAGAUAUUUUUGAGGGGAGAGUUCUGUAUUUUGAUUUAUAUUGAAAUUAGACAAUAGAGGUUUUUCAGAACUUUUUCUUUUCAAUUCAAUAUGAAGCUUCAAAAUAUUUUUCCAAAUAGAUUGUUAUAAAGUUACAGAAAACCUAUUUUCAAUUUUAAUCUUGUUUUCCUAUAGAAACAAACCUGGUAUAUGCUGAAUAAUGGGGUUUUACUUGCUUCCACUCAACAGAAUAUUAAAAAAAUCUGUAUAUUUAUGAUAGAGGAAUCAAAGUGUGAGGUUCAAGGUUCUUUAUGUUUUGAAUUGGAAGUAAAGAUAUUUUGCAAUGAUGGAAUCUCUAGCCAAAACUUUUCCACAUUAUUUUAGGACGUUAUCAAUGCAUUUUUUUGAUAUUUUGUUUUACUGAUGUUACUAUUUCAAGUUAGGAAAUUAUUCUAAUACAUGCCAAAUAAUGAUAUAGGAGAAAAAUUGAAUUUUUAAGAUGUAUAGUCUAUUUUAUGUUGAAAUUCAAAUGUUUUAAUGGCAUAUUGGUAUCAAAUAAAACAAUUAUUUGUU